AUGUUUAUUCUUUUCCUAGUCGUUUCUCUAAUCUCAUCGAUUAAUGCCACAUCCAUAGUAUCUCGCUCACAGUCCUACCCGCUAUCCCAACCCCCUGUACAUAGCCCCAAAACCCGAUUGACCAUAAGUUGUAGAGUCAUCGCUCCCGAUGGCCUCAAACGCUCAGCAACUGUUGUUGAUGGCAUAUUUCCUGGACCUUUGAUUACAGCACAGAAGGGAGAUCACUUUGACAUUGAGGUGGUCAACAACCUCACGAAUGACUCGAUGUUCCGGGUAGCCAGUGUCCACUGGCAUGGUAUCUUCCAGAAUGGGACGAACUAUGCCGAUGGGACGGCCUUCGUUACACGAUGCCCCAUCACGCCAAACCACUCAUUUUUGCAUUCUUUCUCCGCCUCGAACCAGGCGGGCACUUUCUGGUACCAUAGUCAUUAUUCUGUUCAAUAUGCAAAACAGUGCGAUGGUCUCAGGGGAGCCCUCGUAAUUCAUGAUCCUCAAGACCCUUUUGCAUAUAUGUACGAUGUCGACGAUGCAAGUACCGUGAUCACGCUUGCCGGCUGGUAUCAUACUGUAGCCCCUGCAUUGCGCGGCACGAUAGCUGUUGCCCAAUCUAUACUCAUCAAUGGACUAGGUCGCUAUACUGGCGGACCCGAGUCUGAUCUCGCUGUGAUCAAUGUCGAGCAAGGAAAGCGAUAUCGUUUGCGCCUGGUUCAAAUGUCAUGCGACUCCAAUGUCCUGUUCUCCAUCGAUGGCCACGACUUAUAUGUUAUUGAGGUGGAUGGAGUGCCGACAGAACCUCUGGUGGUAGAUCAGCUCCAGAUCUUUGCGGCUCAGCGCUACUCUGUGGUUCUAGUAGCCAAUCAGCCAGUGGAUAACUACUGGGUGCGCGGUGUUCCUAACUCGGAUAAGACCUACAACGGCUCUGCUAUCCUACGCUACAAAGGCGCCCCAAAGGCUGACCCAACUACCGUCAAUACUCCAUCCAUGAACCCACUGCGAGAGACCGACUUGCAUACGCUAAUCAAUCCCGGUGCUCCUGGCACUAAAGGAUAUGAUAAUGCAGAUAUCAACCUUAACCUCGAGGUUUCUACCGCUAGCCUGAAAUUCUAUGUUAAUAAUGUCACAUUCCAAGCCCCUCCCGUUCCUGUUCUACUCCAAAUUCUUAGUGGAGCUCGAGACUCUUCUCAGCUGCUCCCACUCGGGAGUGUGUACGUUCUUGAGGUUAACAAAGUGGUAGAGUUGACGAUGGUAAUAAGCGGUCCAGGUGGACCUCAUACAUUCAAUGUCGUACAGAGCGCGGGCAGCAGUACUUUCAAUUACGUGAACCCUGUCCGCCACGAUGUGAUCAACUCUGGGAGCGCUGGGCAACAAAUGGUGAUCCGAUGGGUGACCGACAAUUCUGGUCCCUGGAUCUUGCAUUGUCAUAUUGACUGGCACCUUGAAGUCGGUCUUGCUGUGGUAAUGGCAGAAAGUCCCUCAGAUAAUAGCGGACAUGUGAGCCCCGUACCAUAUGAAUGGGAUCGCUUGUGUCCAAUCUAUUACGAUGGCAACUAUUAG